UAAUUGAUAGCCGCGGUUGACCUUGAGGUACAGUACUAUAAAAGACACUGUUGUACAAGGAUAAGCUUUAUAUAAGGCCUUGAUCAAGCUAUAAUGGAGGUUAUAGAGGUGCCCAGGAGGUUGCAGAUUGAUGCAGAGAGGCUGAGAGUGUACCUGGAGGAGCAGCUAGCAGGAUUCUCAUGCAACAGAGGCCAACUAGCAGUGGGAAAGUUCAAACACGGAGAGUCUAACCCGACCUAUCAUCUGAGGACCUCCUCUAGACAAGAGUAUGUGCUGAGAAAGAGGCCUCCAGGGAAACUGUUGCCAGGAGCUCACAGGGUUGAUCGUGAGUUCAGAGUACUCUCUGCUUUGUCCAGUGUUAAUUUCCCAGUCCCACGCCCACUCAUCUACUGUCGUGAUGUCAGCGUCAUUGGAACAGAGUUCUUCAUCAUGGAGUGUGUCAAGGGUCGCGUAUUUCGUAAUCAACUACUGUCUGAAUUGAAUCCGGCAGAGCAGUACGACAUCAAUGUUGCUAUGGUGACUACACUAGCAAGGCUUCACUCCAUAGACUGGCGAGUGAUUGGACUGGACAACUUUGGAGGCAAAGGUGACUACACACAGCGCCAAGUCUCUGUCUGGUCUAACAACUACAGGGCUGCCAUACCAGAGGGGGAGUCCCCCAGCCCACCCAUGGAGCGUCUUAUGAGUUGGUUGCCUAGCAAUAUGCCACACGGGAAGCAGCCGCUGAGUAUUGUACACGGUGACUUUAGAGUGGACAAUGUCGUGUUUCAUCCAACAGAGCCGAGAGUGAUAGCGGUGCUGGACUGGGAAUUGUGUACCAUCGGCCACCCCCUCUCUGACGUCAGUUACAUGUCUGUGUUCUCUUUCCUUACACCAGGAAAACUGGUCCUCUCAGGAACCACUGCUGGGUCUGUAGCUCCUGACCACACCCCCGGGUUCCCGUCAGAGGAGGAGAUGACUCGUAUGUACUGUGCCCUGCGUAGACUACCACACCCACUACCCAACCUCAUCUUCUUUAAGGCUCUCUCCUGUUUCAGGGGAGCCUCCAUUGCACAGGGUGUGUAUGCUCGAGGCCUGAUGGGUAAUGCUAGUAGUGCAAAGGCUCAGUUCUACAAAUCCGUGGUGGAGCCUCUCGCUGAUAUUGGCUGUUCAUUCAUUGAUGAGAACUCGCCACCAUCAGUGUUGGACUUUGUACACUAUUCUCAAAGGGCCAGAGACACUUUACAACUAGUCAAGGAUUUCAUCAAAGAGAACGUCUAUCCAAAAGAGAUGGAGAUAUACCGUCAUGUGAUGGACCCUGACACCAUGUGGACCAUCCCUCCAGUGUUAGAGGAGCUCAAGGAGAAGGCUCGUGCGGCUGGUCUAUGGAAUCUGUUCCUGCCUGGAGUGUCCGGUUAUCGUCAGCUGGAGUACGCCCCGAUGGCCGAGGAGAUGGGAAGAUGUCCCUUUGCAUCGGAGGUCUUCAACUGUAGCGCCCCCGAUACUGGCAAUAUGGAGGUACUGUACCUGUAUGGGAAUGAGGCGCAGAAGCGUGAUUGGUUGAACCCACUCUUGAGAGGAGAGAUACGAUCAUGUUUCAGCAUGACUGAGCCAGAGGUAGCCUCUAGUGAUGCCACUAAUAUAGAGACCACCAUCACUAGGGAGGGGGCGGAUUAUGUGGUACAUGGACGCAAGUGGUGGAGCAGUGGAGCGGGGGACCCUCGCUGCAAGUUCGCUAUCGUCAUGGGGAUCACAGAUCCAAAUGCUGAUCGGCUCCAUCGCCACGGGAUGAUCAUAGUACCCCUCGACUCUCCGGGGGUCACUAAAGUGCGCCCCCUCACAGUGUUCGGCUAUGUAGAUGCCCCCCACGGUCAUCUAGAGAUAAUGUUUGAUAAUGUCCGUGUCCCUGCAACCAACCUCAUACUGGGAGAAGGGCGUGGCUUCGAGAUAGCCCAGGGUCGUCUGGGUCCGGGGCGCAUCCACCAUUGUAUGCGGAUGGUAGGCAUGGCAGAGAGAGCACUGGAGAUGAUGUGUGAGAGAGCAGCUCAGCGACAAACCUUCGGGAAGAAGCUGUACAGACAUCAAACAGUGCGUACAGCUAUAGCUGAGUCUCGUAUGGAGAUUGACCAGUCCAGGCUACUAGUUCUCAAAGCUGCUCACGCCAUCGACUGCAAUGGCACCAAAGGAGCUAGGAAAGAAAUUGCUGCCAUCAAGGUGGUGGUGGCCAACAUGGCGUGUCGUGUGGUGGAUCGGGCCAUCCAGGUGUACGGAGGGAUGGGGGUGUGUCAGGACACGCCCCUUGCCGGCAUGUACGCUGGAGCCAGGAGUCUAAGGAUUGCUGAUGGUCCUGAUAUUGUCCACACAGAGACAGUGGCUAAACUGGAGCUAAAGAGUCAGCUAGCUGCCAAACUAUAACUGACUGUACUGUAACUUAGUGAAAUGAUUGCACUUUUCCCUAUGUUUGUUCUAUGACACUGUGAUUAGGUUUUGAGUGUUACAAUUAUUUGUCAAUAAAACUUGUUUUUCACAUAAUAUGAAACUAUAAUUAUAGCAAUUAA